GUCUGUCACACGGCUUAGUCGGAGGAAGCAAGACUGACACCACCACAUAUCACUGACUGAAGAUAAGAUGUUUGCACUGAUGAAAGGCCUGACCUCAGUGGUGGCAGUGCUGCUUCUCCUGACCACAACAGGACAAUCUGCGACUGUGACGGACAACCUUCAGACCACAGCCUCUCCUCUUACGUCUCUGACAACGCAGCUCAAUAACAGUGAUACGGAGGAACCUCAGGUUCUAAGCAUACACAGGUCGUGUGAAGAUGAACAUGAAGGGUACUGUGAGAACGGUGGCCAGUGCAUGUAUCCCCAGGACAGCGAGAAACCUUCUUGCAUCUGCACGUCCUCGUACCACGGGCCCCGCUGCCUCUUCCUCAUUGAACCCACUCAAUCUCGGCCUGAGUUAGAGAAAGUCAUCGGCAUCACCUUUGGCGUACUCAUGCUCAUCUUGAUCCUGGCCAUCGUGAUGUACUGCUUUGCCUACAGAAAGUGUAUAAAAUCAUCAGCACCACUAAUAAAAGCUGCACCAUCUGAGACAUCAGUGUGAGGCCCACUGUUCCACCGUCAUCAUCAUUGUCAUCAUCAUCAUCACCAUCAAUACUAACCCACAACGCAAUUUUGCCGCUCCUAAUUUUGGACUUUCCACAUGUUUGUUUUUCCACUUUCCUUUAUUUAUUGUGCAUAGAGAAUGCCACUCUUCAGUCUGAUGUCCUCAUUCAAAGCAGCCGAUUCUGUGUCAGACCAGUUUGGCCUUUUUAUUUUUGUAUUUUUCUAACAGGGUAAGGUAGUAAUGAUUCCACUGGCCUUCAAAGAAAACUAUCUGCCUAUUUAUUGUAAUGUAUAAAUUAACUUAUUGAAUAAUUUUUGUUUAUUUAAGGUUUUUGUAAUAAAAAAAAAAAGAAAGAAUAUUUUACGUGUUGCUAUGAUUACCGUGGGUAAAAUAAACACAAAGCUUUGAUAACUUA